AUGACAGUCAGAGGCUGCAGCAGCCAAAGCAAAGGCAACAGACAGCAGCAAGGAAAUAACGUGGUUUUACACCAUUUAAACUUGGGAAUGACAGACACACAACUGUUCUCUGAGGUGAGAUGUGACGGUCGAGACUCUGAGCAGAGAACUGCCAGCAACACAGACCCAGAAGAGGAGGAAGAGUGCUCAUGUGCGACAGAGGACUCAAAGAGGACGUGGACGACUCCGUCUCUCCAGGAGCUGGAGGAGGUUUUGCAUUCAGCUCCCCGCUCCUGUCGCCACAGAGAUGAGGUGUGGCCCAACCUGUAUCUGGGGGACAUGGUUAUGUCUCAUGACAGGCUGGGGCUCUGGCAGCUGGGCAUCACUCAUGUGCUGAACGCAGCGCACGGAAAGCUGUGCUGUAAGGGCAGUGAUGGCUUUUAUGGAACCACAGUGAGAUACUACGGCGUCCCAGCCAACGAUCUGCCAACAUUUGACCUUUCACCUUUUUUCCACCCUGCUGCUGAGUUCAUCCACCAGGCUUUGACAUCAGGAGGGAAGGUGUUUGUGCACUGUGCUGUGGGUGUGAGUCGCUCAGCUGCGUUGGUCCUAGCCUACCUGAUGAUUCAUCACCAACUCAGUCUUCUGUCCUCUACACGCUGUGUGCAACAGAAACGCUGGAUUUUCCCAAACAGAGGCUUCCUGGGACAGCUUAUAGCCCUGGACCGAAGGCUGCAGGGCGAAGGGUCGAAUGAGGCUAAAUAA